CGCUAGUGUUUCUGUGCCGCGAAAUUGCUCCUGCAAGUUUUUGUUAAAGCAGCCAGUGCACACAGUGGCUAGGCGGGAUGCUUGUGCACUCACUACACACGCGUGUUCAGGAGGGUAAACAAGCAGGAGGGAAGGAAGCGCUUUGAGAUACCUCAUCAAUUCCAGAUUUCAAACGCAGCAGCGGAUUAGUCCACACCGUGGACCUGAGAGGAGAAAGGCCUUUCUGCAAAGUUCAUGCUUCUAGAACGGAACGUUGUCGCCUAGCCUGAGCACAGUCUUGUGCCUCUGAACAAAGAGGGAAGAGGAUCAUGUCUCGGUACAAUGUGUGCACCUUGCUGGACUGGGCUUACGGGGGCGUGGACCCCCAGUUCGAAGGGAACGGGGGAGCGGAGUGCGCCGCUUUUCUGCCCCUGAGGCAGCGCUGGGCGGAGAGUAUUGUCUUCGUGACUCUUUCUCUACUGGAGAUGGCUGUGGCCAUUCGCAAGAUAAGGCGGCAGGAGCUGAGUAUAGAAUUCCAGCAGAAAAACGACAGCCUGGGCAAGAACCUGCUCUUGGUCGCCCUGUGCCUGACCUUUGGCGUUGAAGUCGGUUUUAAAUUCGCCACCAAGACCUUAAUUUAUCUGCUGAAUCCGUGUCAUGUUGUCACCAUGUUACAGAUCUUCCUCCUUGCAUGUCCUCCCUGUAGAAUUGCCCUAAUUGUUUUCAGGUUGCAGAUGCACAUGUUAAAUGGAGCGUUACUGGCAUUGCUAUUUCCUGUUGUUAAUACCAGGCUGCUUCCCUUUGAGAUGGAGAUCUACUAUAUCCAACAUGUCACACUUUAUAUUGUUCCAAUUUAUCUGCUCCGGAAAGGGGGUGUGUACCAACCUGAACCAUUGGGUGAUUUCUGGUGGGCCCUUCUUGCUACUGGACUUCUGUUCUUCUACCAUUUCACCUUUUUGCAGAUCCUCGGAUUGGUCACGGAGGUUAACCUGAACAACAUGCUCUGUCCUGCGAUAUCCGACCCCUUCUACAGCUCCUGGUAUCGGAUCUGGGCAUCGGCACAUCAGACAGUGAUGACGGUGACACACGGAAAGCUGGUCACUCUCCUGUUCUACAUUGCUGCUCCAGCUCGCAAGUAUCUGGUGGAUGUGGUCAAGCUGCCAAUCAAGAAAUUUGUUUGAGUCAUUGCAGCAAAUGCUUUCCAGAAAUGUACGUCACUUAGGCAAAUGCUAGAAACUGGAAAAGAGAAGAUUCUAAAAGGGGGAUUUUUUAAAAAAAUAUUUUGUUGACUGCAGUCAAUGACUCAGGAGCUUUAAGGGAGCUUUAUCUGAAAUAGUUUUAUACUUUUGUAAUACAUAAUGAAAGAGGCUGUGCACAGAGGUUUAAAAUUUCAGAUUGAAUGAGCAAGUUCAAAAAGGGAAGUUGUUGUUCACAACAAAUUUGAGAGAGGAAAAUACUGGGCCAGAUACGUUGCUCUUUUCCCAUUGCCAUUGAUUACCUCAGUCACGAGUGUUGUGUCUAGAACAUCCCCACCCAAAUAUCUUUGCUUGUGCAUUUGAAAAAGAUGGAUCGCGUACUUGUGUCUGACUCGUAAACAACGUUGAUGAAAAAUUGGUUCUGUUUAUUUGUAUUAACUUUUUAUCCAUGCAGUUAAAAGAGUGAGGCUUGUUUACUCAGAUAGAAUUGAGAAUACUGCAAGAUCACAGAGUCCAAAUGUGGAAGCUGGUGGCAUUUGCAAUCAGCUUGCAAGAACUCACCUAAUUCUUCCAUCAUUGAUUAAUUUUGUUUCCAAUUGAUGUGAUGUAUCGAUCAUAUUCCUGCACCUGCCUGGCCUAAAAGGAUGUGUGAUGGCUGCUACUGUAAGGAAUUGUUUUGUUUCAUCCCAGGAGAUGUCCGUACAAAAAAAAGACUUGGCCAGGAGAAUUUGCAAGUUGAGUACAUUUGAAAACCUAAUGCACUGUCUCUCAGCACCCACUUUUACUUCACUGUUGCUGAAUUUACAUCGUUGUGAGGAAAGACGGUAGUUCUGCCUCACAUUGCCACAUACUGUUACCCAGACGAUUCUUUGGAGAGAAAUGCGUUAAGAAGGGUGGCACUAUUUUACAUGUAUGAAAACAAUGUUUUAGAUGCAUUUGCUGCAUUUAAUUCCUCCUAAAAAAAAUUGAAAUUUCAUCCAUUUUUGUUUAAUAAUGAUGGUCACUUGUGCUUUGAUGUGUUGUUUAUGUUAUCAAAAAUUUGAUGUACCUGUUAAAAUGGGUUAUACGUGGUCACACAAGCAAACCUUGGCCUGCAGCUCAGCAAGCAUAUUCCAAAAUCAUGUCGGUUUCCCAUUCCAUUAACAGGAAAACAUCUUUCAAAUCUAAAGCGGCUGUCAUAUGUAAUUUAAAGGUCCUUAAUGUUUUAUUGAUACAGUGGAAUGUCAUUUAGAUCAUGUUUUAUAUUUUUAUGGUACGUGCAAUGAGAAGAUGGAAAGAAAUGAGGCUGAGUUAUAAUCAGUGUUUGACUCAUUUCUUAUUCGUCUGACUGGCUAUCUGUUGCAAAUAGUAUUAGUCUCCAUUUCAAGGAAGGCAGCUAUGCAAAUUUCUAAGGGGUUUUAUUUUGUAUUCCUGAAAAAUCCCAUUUCUAGAAUUUUGCUGAUGCUCAAAUUGAAUAAGCACAAUGGUUAAAAAAAAGCUUUUUCAAUGUGGGGAAAUAUCUUGCAGUGAUCAUUUGUUUUAGUGAUGUGGAUAACUUGAAGAAACAUAAAUACAAGCUAACCAGCAUCUUAUUCCUCUCCAUUUCACCUGUACAACAUAAUUCCUCAUGAAAGCAAUUUAUAAUUUCUUACCAUAAGCAAAACAUGAUUUAUUUCUAUACGCCGAAAAAGAAGUUUGAGUUGGAAGCCUUUUGGUGGGGAGUACAUUGAUAUUUUUAAAUUGCGCUUAUUAUUAAAUUCUCCCUUACUGAUUUGUUUCUUUUACUAAAUCGGAGCUUUUUUUUUUGUCAUUGGGCUUGUAAAUUUUAUUGAAAUUGCCGCUAAAUCACUGUAUUGCUAUUCCCUCCUUUUCCCACUACGUGAUUCUGGCAGCCUAUCACAAAGAAUGUUUCGAUGGUUAGUUAAUCCUGCUUCUCUAGGAAUGCAAUGGAAAGCAUUUUGGAACCUGAGACGGUGCCUUUCCUCUUCUCCAGGUGGGAUUUCAGCUCACUGGAAUUAGUGAAAAAGCAACUUUCCCAAAACUAAUUGUGUUAGGCCCACUCCAUGAUUGAGGGACUUUAAUCUUCUGACACUGGUUUGUUGAUGGUCAAAAGGCAGUGGUUUACUGGGUGAAAGCUUCAUUUGCUUUUCAUGUUUUCUGCACAUAAAAUAAUUCUGCAUCUGAUACAUAGUUUGUGCUAUUUCCACCCUGUUAACAAUGACACAAUGCAACUGGCAUCCUCAACCCCAGAAGAGGAAACUGUAGUGGUGAUUCAUCACUGUUUAACGUGCUAUAUGUACUGUAAAGAUGAGCGCACAAAUAGUGCCCUCUUCAAUUAAAGUGGCUUCCUCACCCUCAGAGGGCUGUUAGUUCUUUAAGUAAAAAUGCUUGUUAAUUGUGAAGUGAUCCUUCAGAAGAGAAGGAUGGAAAAAAUAUAAGCCAUUAAGUCCCAAUGUUGCCAUAUAAUUUUCCUACAACAAUGAGAAAAUAUUAACUAUAAGUGGAAUCAACCUUAGGUUCCUUGAGCUUUUGCCAUCAUUCUAUAGAAUUAUGGCAAGCCUUCCUCCUCAGGUUCACUUUCCAGUCUGUUCACCAUACUGGUUAUGAUGUCCUUAAUGUAGGAAAUUAUUUUGAACAUCAACUCAGUGUACUAAAUAUGUACAGCCCUCUAGAAUCACAAAAAUUAAUAACCCUCUGUGUUUAGAUCUGUUUACCUCUCCUCAAUUCCAAAUGGCCUAAUCUGAGAUUAUCUCCUAACUGGCAAGGCCUGAGACUGUCUCCAAAAUUUGCAAUUCUGCAGACUGAGUUUUGUCCCUUUGUUUCCCUCAGAAUCAUUGACAUCACCUGUAAACUCCUUAUUCACAUCACUCCUCAUACAACAAUCCCCAUCUCAGGAAAAUGGGAUUGAAAUAUCAGAAAGAUACACUCUAGAGCCUAUGCUCUACUAACUGUAUUUUUUAAAUAGUUAACCUGGAUUCAGGAUUUUUAAGAAAAAAAUUGUAUCAAUGUAAUACUAUUUGAAACUGUUAAGUGCAAACGAAGGCAUUAGUUGAAAAUUGUGUUUUGAGAAGUCAAAAACCAGGUGUGAAUUUUGUAAUGCCUAAAUGAGUGGUAGAGAAUGGAUGGCAUUUCAAUGAUUCAUGCCUUUGGGGUACAUUUUAUAAAAUGGCUUCUUUUACACUGCCUUUUCUACAGCCCCACAGGAAAGUGCAGACUGAAGAUGUUCCAAAUCCACAGUGAGAUCUUUCUGUAAUAUUAAAGGCACAACAAACUUAUGCAAAGGCCUUAUUGCUGAUGCAACUAAAUCCACAAAACAAGGAUGCCUGUGUUGAGAUGAUGACGUUUUGGGGGGGUUGGGGGUGAGAAAGAGGGCUUAACCCUAGAAGCUGUAAAAUAAAAAGCCUAAGCUUUGCUAUUUUCCCCCACAUUUUGAUAAGAUACUUUUCAAAGUUGCUGAAUAGCUUCAAGAUUAUGUGGCCUUCUUAAAUAUAUCUGCAAACCUUUUAGAAGUACUGACAUGCCAACUCAGGGAGACAAGGAACUGCUUGGAAUCAUCUAGUCAGUAAAACUGAAAACUAGAUGUAUGUUUUAGAGGUAUUUAUUUCCAGGACUUUCCCUUUUACUGCUUUUAGCUAGGGAAUACCAAGGGGCCAGCAAAAAAAACAUGUGAUGAUGACAGUGCUGUAUUUUAAUAUUUCAAACAGAUGUUUUCAGUUGACUUGCUAUUCUGAAAUUUCACUGGCAUCCAAUACUUGUGGCUUUGGUCAGGUGUGUACCUCACUUAGAAUGUUUUUUUUAAAUGAAAAUUUUCAAAUAGAAUAUUGAUACUUACAGACUUAUAAGGAGAAAGGAAGUUUGUAGCUACCUUUGGAGAAUGGUACAUAUUAUAAGUGAGAUUUUGUGUAGUUUUUAAAGAAAGGAAAUCACUUCAAGCUGCUGCUUUUGCAAUUAUGUCUGCAUAGUGAAAUUUGUUAUUAUUGGAAGCAUUUUAUCACAAGCCACUUAUUUCUAAACAUAGUUUGCUUUCUAUGUUUGUAGAAAAUUGGUUAUUAAAAGUUUUGCAUUU